AGAAGAUUCCGCUUCCGGCCGACUGCUGGAGUCUCCCGCGCGCUGGCGUCUGGCGCGCGGUACAGUUUAAAGAAGCUUGGCCCCGGCCACCGGAAGUAGAAUCCUCCUCCUCGAUCUCGUGGCCCGGAAGUGGCCGUGAGGCAGAGACCGAAGAGGCGCUCGCCAUGUCCCUCAUCUGCUCCAGUGAGUGACUCGCCUUCGCCUUUUCUCGUGCCCCUUUCGGCCUUCCGACUCCUCACAGCAUGAGGGGGCAGGGGGGAAGGGGAGGGAGCAGCCAGUGGUCUACAGUUGGUGGGGAAAGGGAAAGGGGGGGAGUUGAGGGUUCCAACCACAGUAAUGCUGGUCAUGAGGAUGUGUUAAAUACAUUGCUGUGGGCGGUUGCAUGGCUCUCUCCUGUGUCCACAGAGCUCCCCAUGCCCAGUCUACUUGCCCCAGACCUUUAAAAUAACCCCGUAGUACAAUUCAGCAACAGUGCUUUUCUGGUCCCCGGUGGAGAUGCUGAGGCUGAGAGUGUGUGGUUUCCCCAAGACUGCCUGAAGAGUUUAUAGAAGAGAUGAGGUUCCAACAGGGGGGGCUUCCUGCUUUGCAGCUCUGUCUCUUAGGGAUGGUGUUUGUGACAUUUUCCAGCUUGGUUUUAUGCAUGUUCAUUCAGGAGUAAGUCUCAGCAUACCUGAAGUAGCUAAAUCUUUAGUAAGUAUGUUUAGUUUUGCAGCCUCAACAUUUGAGCCUCAAUCUUGAAGCACAAAACAUUUUAUACGAAAAUGCAGUCUGUAAUCAUGUAAAUAAAUAAAAAGAUAGCAAAAUUUGGGCCACUGUUGUUAUCAUGGACAGGUACUUAAAAGAUUCGCUUGGCAAUGGGCACUGUUGUUACAUUGUAUUUAUUAACCAUUUAGUUUUAUUAUAUUUGUAAUUCUUUGUAAUUAAUUAAAGUUAUUAAUUAAUGUCAUAUUAAGGUGAUGGAGUGCUUUACAGAAUUUGGUAAUGAUAUCAGAGCAGCUCUGCAGCUGUUCCUAUUUUUCAGAUAAGCAACUGGGAAUAAGUGGGGUGACCAAAGCUGCUGAGUUAUAAUGUGAAACUUGGUUAUUAUACAUUCAAUAAGCAAAAUAGUCUUUGAUCGUAUAGGCAUUUCUUUGAACAGGCACCAGCCUCUGAUUAACCUUCUUAAUCAAACCAGAAUGUAAAUUUAGUUUACCAUUACUUCAUGGUCUGUAAUGAGAGAACCUUAUUUGAGUUAUUUUUAGUGCAGGAAAUACAUUAUUAUAAAGAGGUGUUUGCACACUUCUGGUUAGCACUUUAAAAAUACUCUUGGUGGUGUGCUAUUUCCCCCUCCCCGGGUUAUGCUACAGAUGGAAUAUAUCUUUAACAAACUUGUAUAGUUCUGCAGAAUUAGCAGGUACAACACAGUAGCACAGACAUCUUGUAUAUAUGUAGAUCACCUCCUGCUCAAUGUAUCUAGAAAACAGACUUGCCAAGUGAAGUGGAUUUAAGAUUUUGCUUUUAAUUACUCUUUAGGCUGUUUUAAUGCACCUGUAAUUGUGCAUUCAGGUAUGUGGGUGUAAUUGGAAUUCUGCAUCUCGAGGCAUUGAAAAAAACCUGUGGGUGUGAUUUGAAUGCAUGACUUCUCUCUCUCUAGGACUUCAGGCUUUCUCAGUCAUAUUCUAUCAGAUUCAGAAGCUCUUACUAAUUCUCUUUAGAGACUAUGACAAUCCUAACUGAAUGUUAACUAAUUUUAACUUUGUGCUUCACAGGUACCACAUGCCAAAUAUUAAAAGAGCAUUGUUUUUAUGAUCGUUAAGAUUAUCGAAUGGCCUCUACCCUCAGCUCUUUAGGUUUAGUUAUUUCUAUAUAUCUGGAUUCUUUAUACUUUAGGCCAAAAUUAUUUAGGCUUGACUUGGCUAAGAUGGACAGGUUUUCUGACUGUCAAUGGGAAAAUCUAAAUUAUAACCUAAACAGUACUAGAUGGGAAGCAGCAGACAGUAAUUUUUUUGGCAAAGGAGUAAUACUCUCUCAAGGUCUGCAUUAAUGGGUGGCACACACUUACAGUUCUUACACACUUGCAGUUUAUUGCACAUGUAGAUGAUUUCUGCCUUUUUUUAAUCGAUACAGCUAUCACCUGCUGAUUCCUUCCCCAGUCACUAAUCCAGUUUAGAAUUUACACAUUGCUCAUCAGGGUGUGUGGGGAAGAGAGCCCCAUUAGGCUAGUUCAUUUGCUUCUGCUAGAACGCCAGUUAGUUGAAUUCAGGCCAUUAGUUUUUAAUCUUUUAUUUGUACGCCACUUUUCCAAAGUUAAAACCAUGCUCAAGGCAGCUUACAACAACAAAAAAUACAUAACUAGAAACAUAACAAAAGUAGUCAUAAACACAGUGUUAAAAAUUAAGAUAUAUAAGGUAGGUGCCAAAUAGCUCCUUAACCCAAGGUUGCAGUCGCCAAAAUGAAAUGUCUAGUUUCCAUUUUUGGGCAAGACGGUUCUAAAGUCUUAUUUUUCAAAUGAUGGACUGAUUGAUUCUCAGUUAAACAUCUGUCAUUGAGCUUGAGCUAGGUUAAGAGCUUUGAGAACUUAAAGAAGAAAAGUCACUUGAUCAAGGGACAGCGUAUAUAUAUUGGCCUAUUCCGACCUCUCUUUUUUUAAUGAUGUCUGCUCCUGCUCAGGCUGCACAGAAAAAGCAAUUUGGUUCCAGAAAUUCAUUCCGAUUGUGCAGAUAAAAUAUAACUGAUAGAAUUUUACAGGAUGAGGUAUUCGGGUGCGGAAACAGUCCAGAUCCAGUGAUCCCCAGAUGAUGGAGAUGUCAGGCGCCAUCCUAGCCCCCAAGCGUCUUCACUUGGUCACAAGUGGUCGAAAGCCAACUGCAAGAUGCGCCUGGCUAAUUUCGAACACCACAUAAACAAUAAACACAACAUAUGACAAAAUCGAACAAUUUCCACAUAAAUCAUAAGAUACAAAAUAAAGGUACAAAAAAUUAACAGCAACAACCCCCUCUAAACAAUACUCCAGCCGAGGAUUCUGUUCUGCAGCCUCAGCGUUUGUAACUGGAGUCAUUCAGGGCCCCGCCCUCCCAGGUCAGGUAGAAAAAUGCUUCCAAGGCAGGGAGCAGGUCUCUGAGGAUGGGUUCAAUUUAUGAAAAACAUUCCUAUAUUGAGUUCUCACCGGUAAUGUCCAGGAAUUGCUAUCCAUGUUGUAACAUUUUCCUGCUCCUGCUCCACAGGCUGCUGCUUGUGGGGUGGGGAAAUGGGCAGUGUGGUGAUGUCAUAAGGCAGGAACAAAUAGAUCUGUGACAUCCAAUGUAACCCUUCAGCAUUAGGCUGCUAGUUGGCAGGAUUUUCCUAAUAUAUGUGCUUCCAUGACUGAAAUUUAACAAGUGGAAGGGCUAAAAUUCAGCUUUGACCAUUGUGCAUUGAUGUCUAGCAAUUGUGUGUUAGACGUCGGGUUGGUUCCAUACCAAGUUAGCUCAGCUUGGGUCUUGCUGAAAUCAGUGGGACUUGGGUUCAGGUAACUUGAUCCUGACGCAACCCAUAGUAUGUGACAUACUGUGCAUCUUUGGUUGGUAGGCUUUGUGAAGUCUUAGAAUCAUUUAAUUGUAGAGUUGAAAAGGGACCCUGAGGUCUUUUGAUUCUGUGGUUUUGCUUUUGGUGUCAAUUUACAAAUAUGACAUGAAGGAAUACAAAUAUUAAAACAGUUGCAUUUGAUUUUUUAAAAAUCACUAUUGGGACAGAAGAAGAAUCAGAAGAAGAAACUUAAAUGUCUUCCUUUUUAAACUUAAAUAAUUAGUAGGAACACAGCCUUCUUCAAAGCUUAUACAUGCUGCAAUUUAAAGACCACAUGAAUGUGUUUUUCUCAGUAGCAGGAUCUGGGCACAGCCCAAUUUAUUGAAAGAUAGUGUAGUUUAGUGCAUUGUGUUAUGGCUCAGGUCAGCUUAGGCAAGGAAGAAUAAGUUGCACAUGAAUACAUACUGGAAGUUGUGCCUGUCAGGAGUUCAGUGGUGGCUGAUGCCCAUUGAGUUUGGUAGGGCGGAGCAAGAAGUCAGAGGCCAAGGGUAGGUGGAGCCAGAGGCAAUGACUAGCAGACUCAAACGAUUAGAGUUUUGUCCCCAUUCUCCCUGCCGAGUUCUACAAGGGCAACACAAGAGACUAAAGUGGAGGAUGCAGGCAACAAAGGCCACCACCUUGGACCGGAUGUAAGAAAGAAGGCAUAUGUGGUGGGGGAAGCAAUGGUUGAGGGCAAACAUAGGCUGCUGGUUCAGUGCUCCAUUCUCCCUGCAAACCAGCCUCCAUUGUCAGGGCCGGCUCUUCACACAAUGCCUAAACUAGUAAUUCUGGAGCUUGAUUAAUUUUGUAGUUAAGGUGUCAUGCUCUUGUUUUACAAAAGUAUAGAUAAUCAAAAGAAGCACGAUGUGCUACAACAUUUUUACUGUAGAUUCCAUUGGGCUGGGAUACUUCAUCUUCCCUAUUACUUCUGUAUCUCUGUUUUGUAAAGUGCUGUGAAACAUGGAUGGUUGAAUGACUUUUGCCAAUUCUUUCUAUUGUCUCUUUUCUUGCAGUUUCAAAUGAGGUGCCUGAGCAUCCCUGUGUGUCUCCUGUCUCAAACCAUGUCUAUGAGAGAAGGCUGAUUGAAAAGUAUAUUGCAGAGAAUGGGACUGAUCCAGUGAACAACCAGCCACUGUCUGAAGAGCAACUCAUAGAUAUCAAAGGUGAGGAAGGACAGAAGAGUCAGAGGCACUGGAGUCUCCCUUGUGUUUGAUAAACAGUUGAGUGUGGAGUUGCCAAUCUUAGUCUUCUCCUUUUAAGACCUUGGGUGGCAGGGAAUUCUUGAAACCUGAUUGCUGACUGAUAAAUGGUGUUGUGCUUGAACAAUUGGUCAGAGAUGACAGAGUCUGACAAUACCUGAAGAGCACAUUAGUUACCCCUGUUCUAGGCUAUGCUGAAACCAGGAUGUCUUACCAUCACUGGCCAUGCUGGUUGGGGCUUAUGGAGUUGGAGUGUAGGACCAUCUAGAGGGCCACAGCUUACCCACUUUUGCUUUUAACCCAAGAGCCAUCUGCAUACUCACCUCAGUAACAUCAGCAUCUAUGUCCUCCCACUUGUCUUGCCGCUUCAGCAAAACUCCCUCUACCCCCAGCUCUUUCUUCUCCUUAGCUUGCUUGUGGUUCCGUCCAUCUGACCCACAAUCCCUGUGGCCUUCUGCUCCCCCCACAGUUCACUUUUUCGACUUCUCAAUGCAUGGAUGUCAUGAGCAAUGGAUAAAGGCAAAUAGAUGGUUGUUGAAUUGCAGUGGUUAAAAAAGCUUGCAAAAGGCAUGUGCCUUUUGAACCAUUCUUCCAAGCAGCCUUGAUUUUAAAGGCGUGUAAGGCAGGUUUGUAAGGAUAAUAAUGGACGACUCUUUCUGGAAGUAAUGCUUUCUUGUUCCUUUGUAAUCCCCAGUUGCCCACCCAAUUCGGCCAAAGCCACCAUCUGCUACUAGCAUUCCAGCCAUUCUAAAGGCACUUCAAGAUGAAUGGGUAAGUAUCUUUAAAAUAUAUAUAUUGGGGGGCUCCUCUUCUGCUUGCUGAGAUGAUGGAACUAGAAAUGUUCUCCUCUGUGUCUUAAGGCAUUCCUCCCUGCUUUCAGCCAUCCUUAAUAGUGGAAGGAAGCAAGAAUGUUCAGGACUGGAAAGUUUUGGGAGGAAGGAGACUUCUAAGCCAGGAGUAGUUUGCUCCUCAGAAAAAAUCAAUACAGCACAAUGUUUUGGCCAGAUAUUCAAGAAACUACUCCGGUGUCUAAUGCAAUAUGGCCUAGCUGUUGCUGUGCCAAAGGUCAGUUACUAUGCUGAUGUGCUUCCUUAGGAUGCUGUCAUGCUGCACAGUUUCACGCUACGCCAGCAGCUGCAAACUACACGUCAGGAAUUGUCCCAUGCACUAUACCAGCAUGAUGCUGCCUGCCGUGUCAUUGCCCGUCUCACCAAAGAGGUCACUGCUGCGAGAGAAGGUAAAGACUCAGAAGAUGAUAUGUUCUUUGGGUGAUGUCCAGGGAAGCAGUCACAGUGCCACCUUUAACCUGCCAAACCACCUUAUCUCUCUCUCUUCCCAGCUUUGGCAACUCUGAAACCCCAGGCUGGCCUUAUCGUUCCCCAGGCUGUACCUUCUUCACAACCCAACGCUGUGGUAAGUCACACACAUGUAUCGGUCAAUAAUUCUCUUUGUGCUCUGUCUUUCUCCUCUGGGCUAAUCAUGCUCUUUGUUGUCUUCCUGCAGGGUGCUGGUGAACCAAUGGACUUAGGAGAGCUGGCUGGAAUGACCCCAGAGAUUAUCCAGAAGGUAAGAAAUAUCCCUGGUUUGCUAUUUGCCAUCUAGAUCAUGCUAUAGCUAUACAGUUACGAUCUUCCAAUCUGAGCUCUAUAGCUGGCUUUGUCUGUAGGAACAUGCCACUUCCACACUGUUGUGCCUUCCCUUUCUACAUUACGGCUGCAGUGUCUGACAGGUCAAUGAGUUGCAGCUUCUUCCGCUCUCCUGCUUUUCAGGAAUCACUGAUAGCACCCUGGCUGGCAGAGCAAGCAGAAAAGGGUGGGCAGACAGAUGCAAUAGCCUCAUCUCUGUCCUGGGGCCAUUCCCCAGCAGCAACAGGCAAAAAGUAGAGUGCUUGUCCCCUGCAGCAUUGUCCCCUGCUUAUUGAUGUGCUAGCAUACCAUGCUUGAAGCUGGCUUCUCCUAAUGCUGUUCUCUUUUUGCAGCUUCAAGACAAAGCCACGGUGCUGACCACGGAGCGUAAAAAGGUGAGUGCUCCUAUCUCAAUAUUUGCUCUACAGGCGGGGAAGCACGGAGUGAUCCAGGGGUGCUUGCAGUAUGUUUGUUCUCAUGAUUGCUGCAAAGGUGCAGCUCCCUGUGCUAGGAUGCUCCUGUUACAAGGAGAUUAGUUCUAUGUUGUCUUUUUGGCAGAGAGGGAAGACUGUGCCGGAGGAGCUGGUGAAGCCGGAAGAACUCAGCAGGUACCGGCAGGUGGCUUCACAUGUGGUGAGUAUGGUGAUCAUAAUUAAUUGGGAAGGCUACCAUCUCAUCUAAGCCGAACAUUUCCUAGGUUUUACCAAAAAAAACUGUUGAGCAUCCUCUCUCUAACUGAACAACUCUGCACUAGUUAUCCAUUGAUCUAAGCCUAGGGUAGAGAACCAUGACAGGCUACUUUGACAGAUGGGCAGGAUUCCACUCACCUGUCAAUCACCUGAUGUCAGGUGACAAGCAAGACUUGAAAGCACCACUGACCGGAGCUGACUUGAAAUCUGUUUUCUGUAGGGGUCACCCAAUGCUGGAGGGCAUGCUGUCUCCACCUACCAUCUGAUACAUGAUGACAGCAACCCUUCUUUGCCAAUGAACAAUUAGGAGUACACUUUAAGGCUCUCUGUUGUGAAUUGGAAGCUGCAUCUCUGCCUGCCUCACACCUGAUCUCUUAUAUGGCAGGCUUGGACUGGAGGUUUUCCUUGUCUGCUGGAAGUUUAACCAUAUUUUGCAACAUGCUGGCCUUGAGUGUAAAGGCUCUGAGCUCUUGGACCUCUGUUGCCUCCUCCAGCCUUUCCAAAUUAACAAUACUGUGCUGCUUUUGCAGCUGAAACCAAACUGGUGUUGCUCUUUGCUACCAGCUUCUCUCUUGAUUCUGGAACAGCUUCAAGCUCACUUACCAUUUGAUUGCACAAGGAAAGUAAUUGAUCUUGCUAUUGAUACCAGGAUCACCACCGUUCUUUCAUUACUUUUGCUGUGGGCUUGGAGUCGAGUCUGCAGAUUCCUGUCAAAUCAUGAGGAAAUAUUGCUUGUUCUAUCAAGGAUACAAACUGGGAAAAGUUUGGGAUCAAGCCAAGUGUUUGCAGACACUCCUCUUGUAUAAGAUGAGUCGUUUUGCCUGACUCUUGUUGAGAUGAAGCAGUAGGCCCUCUCUCAUCCUUUGCACUGAAACGUUAAUGUCAACAAUGUUGCUUUUGCACAGGGACUGCACAGUGCCAGUAUUCCUGGCAUCCUUGCUCUCGACUUGUGUCCUUCUGACACCAACAAGAUCCUCACAGGUAUGUUAAGACUUCUGUUUCAGUUCCUUUCCUCAGUAAAGUGUUAGGACAGUUUGAGCCAUGGGGUCCUUUGCUCUCUUCAAAAGCCACCUCUUCUCCUUUGGUUUCAUGCUUGGGUUUGCAUGUAGGUAUGGGCAGAUUAACCUAUUUUCAUUCCGGGUUACUUUUGCUUGUGGUUGAUCUUGGGUCUAUCCUGUCUGGGGUUUUGUAGAUUAAAAUGAAACUACAAAAACAUUUCAGAUAUUAUAUACAUUUGUCCUGUAAAAUACUCAUUUCUGUAUGCUUUCCAAUACAUUUCUCCCUAAAAUACUCAUUUUUCUAUGAAUUUUGUUUUUGCAAUGCAUGAGUCCCAAUACAAGAUGUGCUGAAGGAGUGUAGGGCGCUCUCCUUCACUGGGCCUUUGUGGUCUCUUUGUUUUCCAGGUGGAGCUGAUAAGAAUGUUGUUGUCUUUGACAAGACCUCAGAGCAGAUCCUGGCCACACUGAAAGGCCACACCAAGAAGGUCACCAGUGUAGUCUUCCAUCCUUCCCAGGUAAAGACUGUCAUUUGUUGCCUGCCUCAUUCCCUCCACCCCCACGCCCCUUAUUUAUAUUUAUUAAAAUAUUUAAUAUAACUUUAGCGUGUUGUUGAAUUUCCUCUGCAGUUGCCUGAAACCAUUGUAUAAUCUCCCUUGAGGUCCCCUUAUAGAUAGAGAAUGCACUCCAUAGGUCGCUUCUUGAGCUGGUGAUUAAGGACACAACUGUUCUGAAUUCAAUAAACAAAGCUCUUGUUUCAGCCUAACACUUUGGGCUUGAUUCGCUCUCCCCUGCAGGAACUGGUGUUCUCGGCUUCGCCGGAUGCUACUAUCCGGAUCUGGUCAGUCCCCAGUGUUUCAUGUGUGCAGGUUGUGCGUGCCCAUGAGAGUGCCGUGACAGGGCUGAGUCUCCAUGCCACAGGCGAUUACCUACUGAGCUCCUCUGAUGACCAGGUGAGAUCGAAACCAGAGGUGGUCAGGCCCAGAUUGUGUUAACUGUAAAGCUCUUCAUGCGAAAAUGACAUCUGCAAAAUGUGAAGCUGCACUUGCAUAUUUGCUUAUUAGCUUUAUUUUAAACAUUUCUAUCUCAUUUUUUAACAUAACAAUUCCUCCAAAGUGGUUCACACUUUAGAGAUAACAAUUAAUAAAACAAUCUAGUUCACAAUGAAAAGGUACAAACAUUGACAUUUUUUUAAAAAAUCCAAAACAUAAAACAGUAAGGGUUUGUCAAAGAAAGCUUUCCAGAAGAAACAUUUUGCCAUAUACAAACCCUCCACCUUUCCUCUCUUUCAGUAUUGGGCUUUCUCUGACAUCCAGACAGGUCGUGUUCUCACCAAGGUCACAGAUGAAACUUCUGGCUGCGGUAGGGGCUCUGCAUUUGGUAUUUUGGUGAAACUUGCUUGGGAGAGGGGAGAGUCUGCAUGUUUAGUGUGGUCUUGUUUUGCCAUAAUGUUAAACCAUAGUUUAGUGUUCUGAGAACAAGCAUAGCUUUCCUCCAGCCUUGUUCACUCCCCCUCCAGUACAGCCUCGAGGAGGAAUCCAAAAACUGCUGCUUCUGCACAGCUUGCAGUGUUGGCUGAACCUGGACAAACUGAGUUGUCACGACUGUGGCUAAUGGAAACAAGUUAAUAUCAAGUAAUAGUUUAUUUGCUUAUUUCAGCUGAGCUUAUUUAAGAUUAAUCACAGUUUAGCAUGUUGCACAAACUCUAAACUGUGGUUAAUCUAAACCAGAAGUGGCAGCUUCUAGUCUCCUUAUGAUUGCACUGGGGAAGAAGGGAGACUUUAGAUGAGCCUUGUGCGGAGGGCUAGGCUCAUUCUCAUAAAGCUGAACCAUAGAUUAGCAUUAUUCCCAAGCACAGCUCAUGCUUUGAUACACGGGUGGGAGAAGGCUGGGUAGGGACUUCAUUUUCCCAUAGGAAUGGCUUUCUCUCAGCUUUGUAAUGAUUCACUAUCUCUUUUCUCUGCAGCGCUGACCUGUGCCCAGUUUCAUCCUGAUGGGCUUAUUUUUGGAACAGGAACAAUGGACUCUCAGAUUAAGAUCUGGGACUUGAAGGUGAGAAAAGGCUUGGAAUAUUGAGCUCCUUCAUGAUAUCUACCUUAAGGAUAGCUGAUAAUGUUAUGUGACGCAUAUAGAAUAUUCCCAAGUGCUUUAUAAAUGCUGACUCCUUGUCCAUAUUAUUGAAUGAGAAAUUGCAUAAAAGCUAGGCUUGCACAGUCAUUUGAGAUCUCAAAAGCCUGCUCUGCAAUAACUCAGAACAGGGCUUUUGACAUGACUGUCCCAGUUCUGUGGAAGAGCAUUCCUGUUGAGAUAUGACAGCCACAUGCUAUCUGCACUUUUUGGGGAAAAUGGAAGACAUUUGUGUUCCAACAGGCUUUCCCAGGUGGAUAAAUGGGUAUUUGCCGGAAUGACUACUUGUUAGGGUUUUAGUCUUGUUUUAAAUGUAUUUGUUGUUUUUGUUGUUUUAACUGCUUUUGAUUAUAUUAUGUAUAAAUUGCCUUGAGACAGUGGUUUAGAAAGUAAUUGAUAGACAUUGAUUAUAAUGGUACUAAUAUGAGCAAGGAAUACUCAAGAGGUGCUACUACUGCCCAUUCUAGAGUUGGAACUAUAUUUAGAAUAGCCAAAGAUUCUACUACUAUCUUCUAGAUAUCUCCCGUAGUUUUUGUUAAGUGAAUGGUGCCACAGACCGCCUGAGUGGGUUACGCAAACCCUCUGGGGUCCACAGACCACCAAUUAGGAACCACUGAGUUAGAGACAUCUCACACAGAUGUCAUGAGAAAGUGGUGCUUAAAUUUUCUAUACAAUUUCAUCAAGAGUCUUCUAGGGCCCCUACUGCAAGUUCUCCCACAUCAAAAGAUUCAUUUUAGUUUUGCCACUGAAAACUCUUUGGAAGCACUUCAUCUUUUCUUUCAGUGACUCUUAACCUCUUUUGGGGUCCACGCUGUGGGUUAAACCACAGAGCCUAGGACUUGCCGAUCAGAAGGUCGGCGGUUCGAAUCCCUGUGACGGGCUGAGCUCCCAUUGCUCGGUUCCUGCUCCUGCCAACCUAGCAUUUCGAAAGCACACAGUGCAAUGAGAUAAAUAGGUACCGCUCCGGCGGGAAGGUAAACUGUGUUUCCGUGCGCUGCUCUGGUUCGCCAGAAGCGGCUUAGUCAUGCUGGCCACAUGACCCAGAAGCUGUACGCCGGCUCCCUCGGCCAAUAAAGCGAGAUGAGCGCUGCAACCCCAGAGCCGGUCACGACUGGACCUAAUGGUCAGGGGUCCCUUUACCUUUAUCGAAAGACCAGUUUUAAUUACCUGUCUACCUGAAAGUUGCUAUCACUUCCGAAGAGGAGCCAGACUCAAAAUGCCAUGCAGAAAGUAUGUCACAGGGAGGAUAAACUCACUCUCUUAUUCACUGUGCAGGCAGGGAAGGUGUAGAAGCUUUGCAUCCUUUGGGAAGAUAGGAUCAGGCCUAACAUGUCUCUAACACAUACUGACUUGUUUUUCUCAGGAAAGGACCAAUGUUGCAAACUUCCCAGGACACUCUGGCCCUAUUACUAGCAUUGCCUUCUCUGAGAAUGGGUAUUACCUGGCCACUGCUGCUGAUGACUCCUCUGUCAAACUCUGGGAUCUGCGCAAACUGAAGAACUUUAAGACCCUGCAACUGGACAACAACUUUGAGGUUUGUGUGACCCCCUCUUGCUCUAGUAGGCCUGUAUUCCUUCCCUCUCUUUUAUUGACAGCACUUGGAAUUUUCUCAGGUUCCUCCCCAUCAUUUUAAAUCCCAGUGCAACCAUUUUCUCUACACUUUUGGCAGCUCUCUGAACCUUGCGCAGCUGCUUCCUCUAGUUUGGCGCGCCUCCUUUAAAUGGACAGAGGUUGCUACUGCCCCAGCCUGAGAGGACUGGGCCCAGCUACUUCUGAAGUGGAUGUGUUCAUCUCAAAUACCAUUUUUCUCUUUAGGUGAAGUCCCUCAUAUUUGACCAGAGUGGCACCUAUUUGGCCCUAGGUGGCACUGAUGUCCAAGUCUACAUCUGUAAGCAAUGGACGGAGGUUCUCCACUUCACAGGUAAGGGAGGUCCUGUGUGCCAUUCUUGAGGGGCUUUAUAUUCAGACAUUGGUACUGUUGGCCAGUAUCACUGUUUGUGGUGUGUGAGGUGACAAAACAAUGAAAUAAUUUCUCACUCAACUGUCUUUGUUUCCUUUCCUACAGAGCAUAGCGGCCUGACCACAGGAGUGGCCUUUGGGCAUCAUGCUAAGUUCCUUGCUUCGACAGGCAUGGACAGAAGCCUGAAAUUCUACAGUGUGUAGUUUCUCCUACCAGGAUGCAAUGAGAGCAGAGCCUAUUCUUCACUGUAGUGUUAAGAUAAUCGGGGCAACCAUGGGGCACAUGGGUGGGGGUGGGAGGGAUAUGGGGGGAAAUAGGGUGCAUCAUAGCUUUUUAUCUUGGUUCAGGCUACCUGUAGAAUGGAAAGUUGAGCCCAGUACUAAAUGGAUUUGUUUUCCUCUGUUCCUUCAGCUUUGUCUGUGCUGUGAUUGUAACAAUAUUGAGCCAAACCCAUCCAGUGUUGACCAUCAAAUGAGGGUUGGUGGCAGGAAUUAAGGCUGAAGAAAGGGAUGGGGAGAUGUGCAGGUUUUUUGUAUGCAACUCUCUAGUUUCAUUAAAAAAGAUUAAACUAUUACCAUUUAA